AUGGCACCGUCGCAGGGAAUAGAACAUAUAGUUCAGGACUACACGGAGUGGUUUCGUCGCUCAGGUCAACAACCAGAGGGAAGCUUUUGGCGACAGCCGUUGGUAGACGCGGAAUGGGAUUGGACACGGAAUGCCGGUUCCAGGAGACGUCCUCCUCCAUACGACUCGACAGCUCUGUUCACGCCAGAAGAGAUUGAAGAUGCGAUGGAAGACGACGGCAGCGAGUGGGCUGGAUUUUCCGAUUCUGUUGAUAGCGAAUCAGGUCUCAAGGACGAGCAGGACGCUGUCAAGGUAGAAGAAAGGCAGGAAGAAGUUAAGGUAGAAGUCAAGCAAGCAGGAGUCAAGGUAGAAGACAACCAAGAGGAGACUGAGAGCCCUGUUCCUGAGCCGGCUGCAACAGCAGACUCCUCGCCUUUGUCAACGGCUCCACCAUCACCAAGAGAGCUUUCAAAUAUUCCACAGACUGUAAACUAUCAGACUUCAACGGCACACUCUUCGCCUUUAUCAACGGCUCCACCAUCACCAAGAGAGCGUUCGAGUACUCCACAGACUGCAAAUUAUCAGGCUUCAAUGGCACACUCCUCGCCUUUGUCAACGGCUCCACCAUCACCGAGACAGCGUUCGACUACUCCACAGACUGUAGAUUAUCAGGCUUCAACGAUACACUCCUCGCCUGUACCCACAGCUUCACCAUCAGGGACAUCCCCUCUGUUUACAGCACAAAAUAAUGCAAGAGAUGAGAUUCGCCAAAUGACCCUACCAGAGCCAGAAAACCCAUACCUCAAUGCUUCAAGUAUCCAACCACCCAAUCCCGAUCUGCCUAAGCUCUACCCAGGCGUCCCUAUUGGUGUCUUUGACGGUACGAUCACGCAGCAACAGCUGAAUCAACAAGGCUCUCCACCGUUACAGCAGUAUCCUUUGCCAAUACAAGGUACCCCUUUUUGGCAGACGCAAGUUGCUACGAGCCCAUUCGCCAAUGCAAAUGAGUACGUACCGGCUCCGCACCCCUUCGCCUCAAUUCCUCCGAACACAUUCAACCAUCAAGGCGAGCCCUUCGAGCCAAACACCGUUCCAGCUCGACAGUACCCAUUCAUCCGCACCCUGUCACAGGAAGAUGUCGACCCUAGACUCAUCACAGUCUUCCUCAAUCCACCGGCGGAUUCUCUUCUCGCACAUGCCGGCGCCCACCACAACCCUACGACAGGGUGGGAGAUAGAUGACUUGGCAGGCCAAGGAUGGCAGCAUUUACAGACAGGUGCUGAGCCUAAUGCGGCCGAAAUUGCCAUUCUCCGGUACAUCCCGGUGAAUGGGCGCCGUGUUGGGAGGAUCCAGACGGUGAACGGGGUCUACAAUCUGCAUCCAGAGGACCCAAACUUCCUGGGGGAGGCAAGUAAGGCACAAUAUGUGGUCCCUGCGCUAGAGGGGACGUGGUAUAGGAGGCUGCCGAAGGGGAGGUAA